AUGUAUAUUAUGGCUGGGGCUGGACGACUGAGCACCGCAAGCAUGUGGUCACUCAUGGGCCUGAUACUCCGCAACUCCGAAAAGCUCGGCAUCCACCGCGACGGUACGUUUCUUGGUCUCUCUCCUGCAUCCACAGAGGAGCGGCGUCGCCUUUGGUGGCAAUUACAGCACUUUGACCUUGGUCUGGCGGUUAUGACUGGAGUCACAUCUCUGACCUUAAUGGCGGACUGGGAUGCAAAGCUGCCGUUGAACAUCGAAGAUGACGACCUUUACCCAGACAUGGGGGAAGCUCCGCGCGAAAGACAGGGCCUGACUAGCAUGUCAUACUGCCUUUACACAUACUGGGUCAUUCAGCGUCAACGGGCAUUCUUCAAAUCUAUUCAAGGUCGAUUUGAGCUAUCGUGGCAAUCCAAAGAAUCGUUGCCAGAAGUGUCCAAGGAGAUGUUGAUCGAGCAGCUCGAAGAAGGCCUCAACACAAAAUUUCUGCAGUUCUGCGAUCCGAUCAAGCCAGUCGAAGUGUUGCUACAAUUGUCUGCUCGAAGUCUGAUUUGCAUGCUCCAGCUUCGGACAUUGUACACUCUCCUGCCGAAUGAGCAGAUGAGUCUUGAGCGUCGAGAGAAGCUUGUGACAGCUUCGAUGCGAUCCCUCGAGUAUAACAUCGCAAGUCACUCACAUCCUAUCAUUCGACCAUUUCAGUGGUGGGUCAAGGGGAUGUUUCCAUGGCAUUCGCUCGUAUGCAUCCUGAUCGAAGCCUCGCGACAAGAUGAUCCUUCUAAGGUUCAACAAUUGUGGGAGCUACUUGCUCGUGUAUACGAUGCAAAUACGAGUCUUUACCAGCUUUCAGAGGAUCGACGACGCUUGCAUGCCGCCGAACUCGUCUUGUCAGCUUCAAAGACCCGCCAGAUGAAGCCAAGCCCGAAUAAUUGCCCACAAACUCCCGAAUUUGUGAUCAAGUUGGAGGCUCAAGUUGCUGGCCUUGCCGGAAAAGCAGCAGCGGAGUCGACUACUCCGUCGCCGAAUAUAGUGAGGGACUUGUCGACCGAGUUUCCUACAUUCGAGAACGCCGUUCCGUUUGAUUUGGACUUCCAAGACGUAGACUGGGGCUUCUGGGAGAGCAUUGGCUGA